UCCGGCCAGUCCAACCCAACCUCUUGCACUCCAAAAUCGUUUUUCAUUUUUAAACAAUGGCUUAGAAGGUUUCCAUGAACUUAGGCAAGUCUGGAGUCGAAAUGCAUUCUCUGGGUACUGGGGGCACGAAGUGGCGGGGUCAAGGAGCACCCCUCGGGAGCGCCCUGGGCGUCGGAACCCAGCGCGCGGGAACCCAGCGCGCGGUCGGCCCUGCGGCGCUUGAAGUCCUGCAAGUCGUGGAGGACCCCCGGGGCCCGCCUUGCGCCGCUUUGGGACAAGGCCAGGACGUGACCUGCGCGCGAGGACGGCCCGCCCCGCACGCAUCCCGGGUACCCGUCACGGCAACCCCAGGAAGCGAUGCUUUGUCAUCCCGGCCAGCGGGCCCCUGGUAGUUGUCCCGAAGAUUCUAGAUCUCGCAUUCCAGACCAGCGGGGGGGCGUGGCCCGGCAGCCGCGGCUCCACUAUGUAGGCCGCCCACCCAGUCAGGUGACCAAGCCGUCGCUUAGCAACAGGACGCCGCGCGACCCUCGUGGCGCGGGCUGCGGAGAAGCUGCUGCUUGCCUUGCCCUCUCCCCGGUGCUGCGCCCGUGGACGGCGGAUGUCCGAGGAGGACCCCGAGAGUGCGCGGAGCCUGUGGAGCCGGCGGCAGGCCCCCCUCCGAAAACCAGCGACUACUACUGUGUCGAUGAGAACCUGCCCGUCAGGUUCAACAACCCUGCGUGGUUCCGGGGCUACAGGCCCAAGGCACCCGUCUCGGUGUACAGGACCAGCAACCAGACCUACGGGGGCCGGGCCCCCACCGUGCACGAGAUGCCGAAAGUGUUCUAUGCAAAGUCGAGCAAGUUUUCCCAACAACUCGCAGCCGCCGGAAUGUUCCAGAACAACUCCUUCAACGUCUACCUGGAGAAGAGCAUCGUGACGGGUGUCGACAACUGCAUCACCACCUACGACCGGCUGAACUUCCACCCGAGCUACAACGCCAGCAGGCCGUCCAUCUGCAGCGACUGAGGGGCCGGGGCCCUCCGCCCCCGCGGGGCUCCCCGCCAGCCCGGGCCACCCGGAGAGUGGCCCUCCCCCGGUCUCCGAGCACCUGCCCGAUGGCGAGGGCGCUGAACGCACACCACUUGCCCUCCGAGUAUUUUUCCUCUCCAGACUAGAAAAACACGCACGGGCGGGGCUGAGACCUCCCACUUUCUCGUCUUCGGUCUCACAGCGGAGGCAGG